AUCAUAAGUGCUUGCGCGCCGCUUACGUGCACACAGUUCACUUCAUGCAGUUGGUCAUUUUUGGAGAGGUGUGCUCAUCCUGUGUUGCGGAAGGGAGUCUUUGACAGAUAGAGAAUCAACAGUAAUACAUAUUUCACACUUUGCCUGUUUACGCUCAACAUGGACCAAAAAGACACCGAAAUGAAUGAGAAGGGAGUUACUUCUUCGACCAGUGGAGUUGUGGUCCAAGUAAGAGAGAAGAAAGGACCUUUGCGUGCAGCUAUUCCAUACAUGCCAUUCCCAGUAGCUGUAUUAUGCCUAUUUCUCAACACAUUUGUACCUGGUUUAGGUACGUUCGUGUCUGCCUUCACGGUGCUGUGCGGAGCGCGGACAGACCUGCCUGACCGCCACAUGUGCUGUGUGUUUUGGCUGAACAUUGCGGCAGCCUUCAUCCAGAUCCUCACAGCCAUCAUCAUGGUGGGCUGGAUCAUGAGUAUUUUCUGGGGCAUGGACAUGGUCAUCCUGGCAAUUUCUGAUGGCUAUAGGGAUCAGAGGGUUCCCCAGCAGGUUUAAGGCUGGCCCAGCCCAGCUCAACGUGAAGCCUUGAUGUACAGUUGUCUCCUAUCGCAACAUCCCCCUGGGGGAGAGCCAAGGCAGGAUGAUAUUCACAGGCUUAACCCCACCCUACCUACUGUACCAUAUCGCUUACUGCUACUACUGCAGCUGCAGCUCCCCUUCACAGCUCAGUGGUAGAAUGAGGAGCACGUCAACAUUGAUGGAGAGGUGUUUUCUACAUGUGCCCAAAGUUUCCUGUGAAGAAAAUAACAGAAUGAAUUAUGAAUAUGUGCCAACUGUAUGUACAGUACUAUACCGUGUGCUAAGGACUAUCCAUCCUGUCUGGGGCACUAAUUCAGUGUUCAGGGGUCUUUAUGGAAAAAAUGAAAUGUGCAGUUUAUUCCUCUGUGUAUGUUAUCAGCUGUUCAACCACACUCUUAUUAUGACUAGUAGACUUCAGUAGACUGAAGAUGGUAUCAGUGCCUGUCAAGUCCGCCAGGAUUGUAUAGUAUGUGAUGUUAUUAAUGGUCCAAUGCCUCCGUUUUUAUCUCAAUAUCAAUUAAGUACCUUACUGUAAUAGUUUUCCAUUAAAAUGGUCAAAAAGAAACAAAAAGGGCUUCUUAGCGAAGGGCAAUUACUCAAGCAGGAAUUCCACUAGGACUGUCUGGGAGUGGUUUGAGUAGGGAGGGGAAAACUGAAAAUUAGCUGUUAUUGGCAGAGAGGUUUGGAACUCUCUUUCUUAUUGGUCUAUUAACUAUUUUAACGCAUGGUGAUGUCCCCAUGGAAGGCCAAAACUCCAUCCCACCAAAACAGGCUGAAAUUUCAGGCAGCCAUUUCAAACAACUCUUACACUAUAAGGGCAUUAUCAUAAUUCUUACGAAUUCACAUUAUUAUUCCAACCUCAUAGUGUGGAAAUAUAUAUAAAACCCAGACAAAUCUCAUUUUUGACUGCACUGGACCUUUAAAACGUAUGGCAUAUGGAGAUGCACUUGAUUUAUAUCCAGUAAUAUUCUGCAUGGAUACCUUUGUAUCGUUUUUCAGAUAUGUCUAUCGUAUAUAAAGACUACUCACAUCACACGCACACACAUUUAUAGCCUUCUGUGACUUUUGUACUACUAUUUAAUGGUUGUUGUUUUUGUUGUUCAAUGUCAGUGUAUUGUUCAGUGAAUCCUUCUGGGCCAGUUGCCAUAGAUACUGUCCAUUAAUUAAGUGUCUGUGUGUACACAUGGGACUAAAAUAAAUGUAAUUGGUCAUUUUUGCCUCGUGCAAAUGGCAGGAGAAGAGUGAGACACAACUAACAGCGACCAGUUGUGCUGUAUGAUCCAUUUAAAUAGUGUUAUUUUUAAGCUAGACAUAAUAGGAAAGUGGAAAAACAGAGAUGGUAGCAUACGUUUUGAUUGUGUUUUGAAGACCUCUAUUUUUUAAACACGUUCAUUACAGUCAGUUCCCUUAAAUAGACCCAGGCGAGAGCUGACAGGAGAAAAAAGUGUCAGAGGAAUGUAGCUAGCAGUCUGCCAGAUAUUAUAUUUUGUUCAGAUGGAUACUUUAAGUUAUGCAGUUUAAUCUUGUACUUUGUCAAGAUUCAAGAAUGGAAGCAUUUGUCAGUGGCUUGUGUUUGAAGAAGAGUGUGUGAUAAGUUUAUUUCAGUAUUACGGAUAACAAAAGUAUAAAGAAAAAGAUUUAGCUCCAAGCAUUGAUAUGUCACAUUUCAUGAUCCCUGCACUUGAAUGCAAUGGAUUGUGAAGAAUAUAACAUCCUCAUUGGAGACUGAAACGACUCACUGAAACGACUUUCACAAAAGGAGAUAUUCAAUGUAUCUGUGAAAUUUAAAGACCACUUCUAACUGUUCAAUUAUUUUACAGAAUAAAUAAGAUGAUUGCAACAAAAAGCUGUAAUAUCACAUUGGUGUACAGAAUAUCAAAUAUAAGUGACUCGCUCAAUAAACAAAGUAUGUAAU